CGUCCGUUCUGCGCAUGCUCAGUGCGGUCCUGGCCCAUGGCGGCGGCGCGGGGCCUGCUGACCGGGCUGUGUCCGUCCGUUCUGCGCAGGCUCAGUGAGGUCCUGGACGCGGCGGGGCCGGACCGGGGAUGGCGGCAGCUGGCGGAGCGGGCGGCGGGAGGUGGGAUCCGGGUCAGCCCUCUGGACCUGGAGCAGUGCUCCCUGCAAGUGCUGGAGCCAGAGGGAAGUCCCAGUUGGAGCCUCCUGAAGCUGCUGGGAGACCGUGGCUGCACCGUGCUGGAGCUGGUGCAGUUCCUGCAGGCCCUGGAGCACACAGAGGCUCUGCAGUGCCUCAGCCUGUCAGCAAUCCAGAUUGUUGUGCAGCCAGACUCUCAGUCAGUGCUCCCUGGACAGAUGGUCAAGCUGUCUUGUUGGGCAACAGGACACCCGUUUGUGCAUUACCAGUGGUUCAAGCAGGAGAAAGAGGUCCCCAAUGGCAACUCUCCAGAGCUGGUGUUUAACCCAGUGACUGUGAACGACUCUGGCUUCUACAUCUGCCGGGUGAACAGUGAGUCCUCCUUCGUGUUCAGUCGCUGGGCACACCUGCAAGUCUGUCGUCUGCAGGGGACACCUGAGGGGAGCUUAUCUGCUUUGCCUGGGAACAAGCUGCACAUCUGUGUUCAGCCUCAGGCCCAGAGCCUGGCAGUGGGGGAUGCUUUGGUGCUGGAGUGUGCAGCUGUUGGAACCCCCAUUCCUCAGUACCAGUGGUUCAGAAAUGGAUUCCCCUUGGCAAAUGGGAGCAAAAGUGUCUAUAUGGUCACUUACGUGGAUGUGGAGCAUCAAGGGACAUACUGGUGUCAUGUGUUCAAUGAGCAGGGAGAGGAGGACAGCAACAAGAUAGAAGUUGUCAUAGAAGACCUCAGUGAUCUUCAGAAACCAGAGCUGCAAGAACAGGCAGAUCACAGACCUGUUGCAACAGACAAGGUAGCCCUAUUAAUAGGGAACAUGAGCUACUGGAACCAUCCCCAGCUCAAGGCUCCCAUGGUGGAUGUCUAUGAGCUGACCAACCUGCUGAGGCAGCUGGAUUUCAAAGUGGUUUCCUUGCUGGAUCUCACUGAGCCCGAGAUGAGGAAUGCAGUGGAUGAGUUUCUGCUCCUCUUGGACAAAGGAGUGUAUGGUCUGUUAUACUAUGCUGGCCAUGGCUAUGAAAACUAUGGGAACAGCUUCAUGGUUCCUAUUGAUGCCCCAAACCCCUAUCGCUCUGCAAACUGCCUGUGUGUGCAGAACAUCCUCAAACGGAUGCAGGAGAAGGAGACAGGACUCAAUGUGUUCCUGCUGGACAUGUGUCGCAAAAGGAACGAGUAUGAUGACACAAUCCUCAUCUUGGAUGCUCUGAAGGUUACAGCCAACAUUGUCUUUGGAUAUGCCACGUGCCAGGGAGCAGAAGCUUUUGAGAUCCAGCAGUCAGGCUUGGCCAAUGGGAUCUUCAUGAAGUUCCUGAAGGAUCGCUUGCUGGAGGACAAGAAGAUCACUGUGCUGCUCGAUGAGGUGGCAGAAGACAUGGGCAAGUGCCACCUAACCAGAGGCAAGCAGGCUCUGGAGAUCCGCAGCAGUCUGUCUGAGAAGAGGGCCCUGACUGAUCCCAUCCAACAGGCUGGAUCCUCUGCAGAGACCCAGGCCCGGAACCUCCAGUGGGCCAAGGCUCAUGAGCUUCCAGAAAGCAUGUACCUGGAGUUCAAGUGUGGGGUUCAGAUCCAGUUGGGCUUUGCAGCUGAGUUCUCCAAUGUCAUGAUCAUCUACACUCGGAUAGUGAAGCAGCCACCUGAGGUAGUGGUUUGCAGAGCCUACGUUACAGACUUUGCACUGGACCUGGAUGUGGAUCCCAAAGAGGCCAACAGAGGAACUCCUGAGGAAACUGGAAGCUAUUUGGUCUCCAAGGACCUUCCCAAGCACUGCCUCUACACCAGGCUGAGCUCACUGCAGAAGCUGAGGGAGCACUUGGUCUUCACUGUCUGCCUGCACUAUGAGUACCCAGGAACAGAGUAUACAAUGGAUGAGAGGAAGGAAGUUAACGUUGGCAAGCCCCUGAUUGCUAAGCUGAGCCUUCAUCAGGGGUUCAGAGCCAGCAGCUGCCUCCAGACCUGUUGUCUGGCCCAGAAUCACUUUCCUCAUCACAUGGAAUCGAGUCCAGUGGCAAGUGAAUACUUCAUCCCUGGCCACUGCCAGCCCAGUUCCUGCCCAGGCAUCUGCCUUCCACACCAGGUGUGCUCAGGCAGCACCAGACAACCAGAGGCCUGUGCCUGCAAUGGGAUAUUGGCUUCCAGGCAUGAAGCAGGGAACUACCGACCCCCUGUGGAGGAGACUAAUGUCCCAGUGGAGACCACAGAUGACACUGUUGAACUGGAAUCCCUCCUCUCUGACAAGCUCAGGGUCUCUAAGCAGCAGUGUCUGUGAUGUGACAUGGGAAAGGGGUUUCCAUGUCACCUGAGAUUAACAUGACUAAAACUCCAUGAGCCCCAGGAUGAUAAAUGUGCCUUUGAGCCUCACUUGUUCAGUAUCAUGGGUUACUUACAUCCUCACGUAAGGUUUUGUGUGUUCAUACCUGUUUUAGCAGCCUCCUGACACAUACUGUAAAUGAACUGAGCAGAGGAGGCUCUUACAGAGGGUGAAGACAUCAUGGUUUCAUAUUCCAGUGUUAAGAACAUGUCUCCUUCAAGCCUCAGUUUCUUUCCUUCCUCAUGUAUGUAUUAGGAUCAGUCACUGCCAUUCCAGCCCCUUGGAUGCAGCUUUGCUGUGUUCUCCUCUCCCAUGCUCAGAGUGGCAGGAGCUGACAGAUGGAUGAGGAGCUGUGCAAGGGAACCAGACCU